AUGAGACUGUGGCUGAUUUUGGUGGUUUGCUGCGGUUUGGCCGCGAGCAGCCUCGCUACCCAAGUACCGAUCGAACCGUCCCCACGGGACUGGUCCUGGCAGAACGGGGACCCGGAGAACGCAGAACAAACGAAUGCAUCGCAAGAAGACGGGACCGAGAAAAGAGCUGUGCCAGAGUCGGAAACGAACGUCGACUUCUUCGACGAUGGAACCGGGGAACAACGAACGGUGGAAUCCGUGGUUGAAGAAAUUCUGGUUUCUAACCGGCAGGGUCGCAACAUCGAAGGUUUCGACCAGGUGUACGCCGAUCCGAACGUGAAGAACGCUCUUCAGCUGGGCAACGACACGGUCGCUAGGAGCUACAUCAGGGAUAAACUGUGCACCCUUGGUUUGAUGAACUGCGAGAACGUCGAAGGACGUCGUCCGUAUUACUCCCCUCAUCGUGGGAUCCAUCCCCAAGACAUAAUCUACGCCCAACCGGUGACGAUAAAGCCAGUCGGAAGACCGUUACCAGCGAUUCCAGUAAAAAGACCGUACGGACCCCCGAAACCGCCAGGAGGCCUCGGUUUCGGUUCACCAGGGCUAACUUCGGACGUUGUUUACGGCCUCGGCGGUGGACCACCUCCGUCGAUUUCUCAUUUCCCUCCACCCAGCCCCGGUUACAUCGGUUCUUACCCUGGUUUCAAGAAACCAGGACCGGUCGUGUCAUCGUUCGCCGCCUCGAAGCCGGUCUACGAACUUGGAGCCACCCCGGACGGAUUCGAUUACGAUGGAAACGAUCGAUACAUCGACAAAAAGCAGAUAUCGUUACGUCCAACGUCCUUGGUAGGCGGCGACCCGAUACAACAACACGUUCAUCAUCACUAUCAUCACGGUGAGAACGGUCAAACUACCGGUUUCGUCGGCAGUCCGUCGAUCGGUUACGGUUCGCCGGGCACCAGCUACGAUCCACCCGGUCAAGGGAUCUACGCCGGUGGUUUCCAAGAGUCGGACGAUUACAAGAAAGCGUUCAAAGUGAAAGCCCCGUCGAACAACGACGGGAACAACGGUCUCUCAGGUUCCGGUGGUUCCGCCUCGGCGAACAGCUACGCCGAACGGUAUCCCGUCUACGAGAAACCACCGCGUGAUUUCACCUACGGUAAAUCGGACGGUCAGAAGACAGGCAAAUACUACGGUCCUGGGAACUAUCUCUCCCCGAACACCGUUCACGCUGCUAACAACGAGUACAAUCCCGCCGGGUCGAGCAACACUGGCAACAAUUAUUACUACGAGAACGAUAAUAAUAAUAACGAUGAAUUUGGUAACGAUUUCUCGUCCUCGAAUUACGCCCCUGAUUGCGUCUGCGUGCCGUACGAGCAGUGUCCCGCCGCUGAACAGGCUGGUCGCAAAGACGAUCUCUUCUUACCGAUCGAUCCAAGGAAUUUGAACAAGAACAUCGACGCUGAGAAUGCUGGGGACACUGCAAUCGAGACGAUCGUCGCUGGGAAUGGAACCGUCACUGGCUCGAACGCACCGAUUUCCAGCGAGAACCGGGCAAGGAGGAAGAGGGAGGCCAGCAGAGACGUGGCUACGAACGUCGAGGAACGGAAGAAGACGAACAGCGAAGGGAGACUCGAUGCUAGCGAUCUGGACUCGUCGAAAUUAAACGUGAAGCCGACCUGGGGGAUCAGUUUCGGUCUUCCACAGAGCAACGGCGGCGGCCCGUACCCGAUCAAUCCGUACGGUGGCAAUCCUCUGGUAAACCCGUACACCGGUUACGGACCGGGGGGUUACCAGCCCGAGCAGGGCAUUAAUUUAGGCCUGGUUUCCGUGAACCCGCUGCUAGCCGUACAGUUCACCAAGGACGAGUACGGCGACAAGGUGGUGAAACCGUUUGUCAAUUUCCACGUGACACCGAGCCGGCACAUCGUGCAGGGCCUCGGUCAGCUGCUAGCCAACAAGAAACAGGCGUUGUACGGGAAUUACGGGCCCGGUUACGCCCCCCACUACCACUAUCCGCCGAAGCCGAACGUAUACUACGAGAAGCCGUAUUAUACGAAACCGAUCUAUCCGUCCCACAAUCCGCAUUAUCAUCGCGAACCAUCAUCGUACACGAAUCACGCGGAAUACACCGAUUAUUAUCGUGACGUAGACGAUUACGAUUACGAUUAUGAGGAUCGCUCGUUCGCGAACCAGUACGACGGCCGGUCGCGAUCGAACGAACCGAUCAGUACCGAUGCACGUGCGGCCAGUGUCGAAAGACCGAAGGCGACUGGCACGGUACCGAGCGCCGUCGGCAAGGUAUCGUUUCCGAACAGAAGAAAACGCGACGUUCGGUACGUUUCGGAGACAGAGGUGAGUAUCGAAACCAUGGGAGGACGAGAGAUCUUCGUCGUCGGUGGUCCACGUGCCUGCAGCCCAGGACUGGUCUGCUGUCGCAGAAGACAACAGAUCGCGAAACCAAGACCCGGCCAAUGCGGUGUUCGGUACACGCAGGGCAUCAAUGGAAGGAUCAAGACGCCUGUGAACGUCGACGGUGACGCUGAAUUCGGUGAAUACCCGUGGCAGGUGGCGAUCCUGAAGAAGGACCCAACGGAAAGCGUGUACGUCUGCGGUGGAACACUGAUCUCGUCGAGGCACAUCCUAACUGCGGCCCAUUGCGUGAAAACGUACGCAGCUCGCGACCUUCGUGUACGACUCGGUGAAUGGGACGUGAACCACGACGUCGAGUUCUAUCCGUACAUAGAACGGGACGUGGGGAACGUCCACGUGCACCCGGAGUUCUACGCUGGCACUCUGUACAACGAUAUCGCGAUAUUGCGGAUCGAUCACGAAGUCGAUUUUCAGAAGAACCCGCACAUCAGCCCCGCCUGUCUUCCGGAAAAACGCGACGAUUUCGCGAAGAACAGAUGUUGGACCACUGGUUGGGGUAAGGACGCUUUCGGUGAUUUCGGCAAGUACCAGAACAUCCUGAAGGAAGUGGACGUGCCAGUGGUGAGCAAUCAGAUCUGCGAGCAUCAGAUGCGUCGUACCCGACUCGGUCCCGGGUUCAACCUUCAUCCAGGUUUCAUCUGCGCGGGAGGCGAAGAUGGGAAGGACGCGUGCAAAGGGGACGGAGGCGGUCCAAUGGUCUGCGAACGACACGGUCGCUGGCAGUUGGCAGGGAUCGUAUCCUGGGGGAUCGGUUGCGGACAGCCAGGCGUCCCAGGCGUCUAUUCUCGUGUCUCCCAUUACCUCGACUGGAUCCACCAGAUCGUGAAUCGUUACUGA